AUGGCGCCUAUUCCGGAACCCAUCGCGCUCCCACCCAACUUCACUCCCGAGCUGUUCCAAAAGUUCAUCAUACGCGCCCAGGAAAUCUGCGGCGUCGAUAAUGUCCGCGUUAUCCCCAAGGACAAGCCCCUUGAGGGCGACUCCUACCUCAACCAGCCCAAAUCACACGACCACUUCCCCCUCUACGACAAGACCAAGUUGGUCGCCUCGGCCGUCGUGACGCCCCGCCAUGUCCCGGACGUUCAGGCCCUCGUGGCCCUCUGCAACGAGCUCAUCAUGCCCGUUUGGCCCAUCUCCCUCGGCCGAAACUUUGGCUACGGCGGUGCUUCCCCACGUGUUCCCGGUUCCGUGGUCAUGGACCUGGGACACCACAUGAACCGCAUCCUCGAGGUCAACGUCGAGGGUGCAUACGUUCUCCUCGAGCCCGGCGUCAGCUUCCGGGACCUGCACGAGCACCUGGAGAAGCACAAGCUGCGCGAGCACCUCUGGAUGUCAGUGCCCGUCGGCGAGGGGUCCGUCCUCGGCAACGCGGUCGAGCGCGGCGUCGGCGCCACACCCUAUGGCGACCACUGGGGCAUGCACUGCGGCAUGGAGGUCGUGCUGCCGAACGGCAAGCUGGUCCGUACCGGUAUGGGUGGCGUGCCGAACCCCAAUGCGGACACGAGUUUGCGCCCCGAUCAGCAGCCUGGCUGCGAGACGUGGCAGCUCUUCAACACGGGCUACGGACCGUACAACGACGGUCUCUUCUCCCAGAGCAACCUGGGCAUUGUGACAAAGAUUGGCAUGUGGCUGAUGCCCAACCCCGGAGGCUACCAGCCGUACGAGAUUACCUUUGAGAACGACUCGGAUCUGCCAAAGGCGGUGGACAUUAUCCGCCCGCUGCGUCUGCAGAUGGUGUUGCAGAACGUUCCUUUCCUUCGUCACACUCUCUUGAACGCCGCCCACUGCGGGCCCAAGUCCAAGUACACGGACAAGACGGGGCCUCUCUCAGAGGAGGAAGUUGCGGGCAUCGCAAAGAAGCUCGAUAUGGGUCGGUGGCAGCUCAUCGGCGCCGUCUACGGACCCAAGCCAGUCCGUGAUGUCCUCCUCAGCGUCAUCAAGCAUGAGUUCCUGGCCAUCCCUGGCUCUCGAUUCUUCUUGCCAGAGGACCGUUCAGAGGAGAGCCCUCUCCGUGCUCGCGAACUUCUCAUGCAGGGUAUUCCUACGGUGGAUGAGCUGAGGUGUCUCAAAUGGCUUCCCAACGGUGGUCAGCUCUUGUGGGCGCCCAUCUCGAAGGUGUCUGGCGAGGAUGCAAAGAAACAGCACGAUGUAGCCAAGAAGCUCAUCACCGAGUACGGAUUCGACUACCUCGGCGCCUUCGCCGUCGGUAUGCGAGAGCUGCACCACGUUAUCGGUAUCCCGUACCGCCUCGACGUGCCCGACGACGUGGAGCGCAUCAGGAAGCUGGCCCACAAGCUCAUCAGUGAGACGACGGCGCACGGCUGGGGCCAGUUCCGCGCGCACACGGCGCUCAUGGACCCCGUCGCCGACGCCUUCAACUGGAACGACGGCGCGCAGAUGCAGCUCAACGAGACGAUCAAGAACGCGCUCGAUCCCAACGGCAUCAUCGCACCCGGCAAGAACGGCGUGUGGCCGGCGAGUUACGACAAGAAGAAGUGGGUGCUGGACGGCAAUUGA